AUGAAAAACGAUAAACCGCACAUUGAACUACCAUCCGGGUUACAUCUUAUCCCAACGCGUCUAGGUCAUUUAUGUACAGGACAACUAAAAAAUCCUCCUGCGCCACAAAAAGAAAAUGAUAACGUGUUAUUACAAGUACAACACAGCGAAGAAGGAAACACAUUGCCCAUACAGGAUUUCAAGGAUGAACUAGACAAAUGGGAUCAAUACUGGGCACUAUACGUGCAAGUCGAUGAAGAGGAAAUGAAUAAGUGCAAUCAGCAUCGGACGCUAGAAUGUCAAGUCCAUGCUUGCCUUACUGAAGAUUCAGAGACGGAUGAGAACGAAGCAGUCAAAUGGGAACAAUUUUGGACCCUCGAAUCUGCCGGAACAGAAGAAUUCACAAACUCCGCAAAAAUGGAAAAAGCACUGACAGAUCAGCACGUAUGGGAAACCUUCAACAAAACCAUUGAAAAAAGAUUAGACGGAUAA